UCCAAUAACAACCACACAGCAACAUUCCAAUCUCCGUUUAGUUGCGUGGACCUACAGUUUAAACACUCCAAAUCAGCCUAAUGGCCCAUUAGGAUACAUUGGAGGUGCCCGAGUGAGUGGUAGUACUGGUAUAUAACCGGAGUCGUCCCAUUCUCCUCUCAAUCGCCAACCCCAGCUACGCAGCAUGCGUCCCCGAAAGAACCCGAAUCUCCUCCGAUCCGGGGGAUGAUUUACAACAGAUGCUGUGAGCAGGAGGAGAGACGAAAGAGACCCGGGUUGCACUUGCUAGCCAAUGGGCCCUCAUUGAACGGCCAGGAUUGUCUCAUUUCGGGCGUGCUAUCGACACUGCACGGUGGACUGUUGCGGUGGUUCGAGGCGCCUCACAUUGGAAUCCGUGGGAUAAGUGGAUGUGUUUUCUGUGUCCGAGCGUUUGACAAGCAGCCAGCUGUAGACUGGCCUGUAUGGCGGUAGCAGAAUGUGGACCGUCACGCAUUUGACACUACAGGAUUGUCAUCAAGUUGGACGCUGGAAUAAUGGAGAAGAAAAUCGGGCGGAUGGAGGGGUUUAUGUCUUUGUGUGACGCUUCGCUGCUGUAUCGUGCUCAGAGAGACGCAUUCCCGAGGCUCGGAUGAUAUCGUAGGGGGAGAGCGGGCUUCGAGACGCGGCAGUGAAGGAUCGCGAACGGGGAGCGAACCCAUGUCGUGUCGUGUGGCCGCCGGGCUUGGAGCUGCUUUCUGAUCGGUGGAGUGUCACCCCGGAACCCAGAGACAUGACAUGUACAAGAAAAAAGAGAAAACGGUAGUUUUUCGCCUCUUUUGAACCCUGUGGUUGUGAGGGGGGGGAGGUUGCAACAGGCGUAGCUGACGCGGAUUGAGGCUUUUUUUUUUAAAGAAGCAGAAGAGGAAGAAGAAAAAGAAGCCCACACGACCAUCAGAUUUGGACAGUUCGCCUGGCGUCUCUGCAUUAUGUUAUUCCCAGGGACAUGGAUGCUUUUGCCCGUUGUCCAACUUUGUGAUUAUCACCGAUUGGUCGGUGUCAUGUUUUUUUUGUCUUAAGCACUAAAGCUCUCCCACUGCUUGAAACAUGACAAGUAAAGAGCUCUAGCGCCGUGUUGGACCGCCACAGCCUCUUUAAACCGGCCUUAGAAAUAGACCCCAAGCCUUUGUCUGGGAAGACAAGCAUACCAUUUAAAGGUCAUUGUUGUAAUUUAUUACCACUAGGAAGUGCGCCCGUAUAAGGAGAUCGUGUUUGAAAUGGGGCCAUGCUCGCCGAAGCGAUUCCGUUCCGCGUGAACCCGAACCAGGAAGCAAACACGUGGACGACGGAAGGUGAAGCCGCCGGAGGAGGAGGAGGAGGAGGAGCGGGGGGGCCUUCGCGGGCGCGGCGUUUGGCGUGGGAGGCGGGCCGCGCGACAUGGCCAACGGCAACGAGAGCAGCGAGGGCGCCGGCGGCCCGGUGGGCGUGGUGGUGGCGACCGCGGGCGGCGUAGGGGGGGCGGGGGGGCCGGCCUCCGCCGUCUCCACCUACCUGAAGCUGGUGCUGCUGGGGCUGAUCAUCUGCGUCAGCCUGGUGGGCAACCUGGUGGUGUCCCUGCUGGUGCUGCGGGACCGCACGCUCCACAAGGCGCCCUACUACUUCCUGCUGGACCUGUGCCUGGCCGACAGCGUCCGCUCGGCCGUGUGCUUCCCCUUCGUCCUGGUGUCCAUCAAGAACGGCUCGGCCUGGACGUACAGCGUGCUGAGCUGCAAGGUGGUGGCCUUCAUGGCCGUCCUCUUCUGCUUCCACGCCGCCUUCAUGCUGUUCUGCAUCAGCGUGACGCGCUACAUGGCCAUCGCCCACCACCGCUUCUACUCCAAGCGGAUGACCUUCUGGACGUGCGUGGCCGUGGUGUGCAUGGUGUGGACGCUGUCGGUGGCCAUGGCGUUCCCGCCCGUCUUCGACGUGGGCACCUACAAGUUCAUCCGCGAGGAGGACCAGUGCAUCUUCGAGCACCGCUACUUCAAGGCCAACGACACGCUGGGCUUCAUGCUGAUGCUGGCCGUGCUCAUCCUGGCCACGCACGUGGUCUACAUGAAGCUGCUGCUCUUUGAGUACAAGCACCGCAAGAUGAAGCCCGUUCAGAUGGUGCCGGCCAUCAGCCAGAACUGGACCUUCCACGGCCCCGGGGCCACGGGCCAGGCGGCGGCCAACUGGAUCGCGGGCUUCGGGAGGGGCCCCAUGCCGCCCACCCUGCUGGGGAUCCGGCAGAACUUGCACAACCAGAACCGCCGCCUGCUGGGCAUGGAGGAGUUCAAGGCGGAGAAGCAGCUGGGCAGGAUGUUCUACGUGAUCACGCUGCUCUUCCUGGUGCUGUGGUCGCCGUACAUCGUGGCGUGCUACUGGCGCGUGUUCGUCAAGGCGUGCACGCUGCCGCACCGGUACCUCUCCACCACCGUGUGGAUGAGCUUCGCCCAGGCCGGGGUCAACCCCAUCGUGUGCUUCUUCCUCAACAAGGACCUGAAGAAGGGGUUCCUGGCCAGCCUGCCGGCCUGCUGCAGGACUAAACCUCACCCGCCACGGGAGCCUUACUGCGUCAUGUGAGCAGGGGGCUGGAGGAGGGGAUCGGGAGGAGGAGAUGACGGGAGGAGGAGGGGGAUGAGAGAGUGGGUUCUGGAGAACGAUUGUUGAUGGGGGAUUAGGGGGUGGGGGGAUUUUCUUGGCUUUGGUUGAUUUGGUACGAGCCUCUUGAGAUGUGGUUGCGUAUGUCACAGAGGGCGAUGUUCAUCCACGGUUGGGUUUUACAGAAGGUUAAACAGACGAAUGUGUCAAACAGAAGAAUGAGGUAUGAAGUAGUAUUCUUGCAUUCCAAAGUUAAACCAGUUCUACAAGAGACAAAUGGUAAAAUGGUAUCCAAUACUUUACGUUCAAACACUAGUUAAAAGCCAAAAAACUAGAGACAUAAAUCGAAGUUAAUUGAAUCUACAACUAAUAUAAAGAUACUGCAUGUUUAUGUUGAUGCAGUAUUUCACCAUGUCUCCAAGGUAUAUUUUGGUAAAAACUUUUGAUUUCAUCAUUUUACUGUUUAUUGGAGCAUUUCAAAUAUCUGUAGAAUAAAGAAAGGAAUCCAAAAAAAAUUAACUCUGAUGUAAUAAUAAGUAUGAAGAGACAGCCGGCAGGGGAACAUACCAAAUUGAUUAUAAUAAUUAUAUGUAUAUUUAUCUAACCAUAUCCUGUCUUUCCCUAAUUUAUUUAAGGUCAGGUCGUAAGGACCACAGCUUAAAGAGUAAGCCAACACAAAGGCAAACCUUUACAUUGUCUAUAAUAUCUAAUAUUAAAUGUCUUAAUAAGGUAAUACAUUCAAUUUGAUUAUGUAUUAAUACUGAUUCUCCUCCUGGACUUUUAAGAUAAAUAAAACAGAUGAUACUUGGUUUGAUAAUAGUUAAGAUACAAAAGAAUCCUAUUUAUUUAUCAUAAUUACUAUUUUCUUCAUUACUCUAGAGAAUUAAAACCACAACAACGAAAGUCUGGCCUAAUAUUAAAGAGAGUAAUACAAUUGUUAUAAAAAUGACAGUAAUUGUAAUACGAAUAUUAAAAAGUAUUAACUUUAUUACCAUUUGCAGGAAACUGUUCCUCAAAAUGGUCGGAUUAGCUCCUUGAAGCCCUGUGGGGCUGUGUUUGAUGACGAUGAGACAAACAGAGAUUUAGAGACUUAUUAAGCAUUAGCUUCCAUUGUUUGAUUGGAUUAUUCAUGUCCUAUAUAAACAUAUUAAUGCUACAACUUUCGUAGCAGAUUUUUUUCAUUCAGUGAUUUUAUAUUAAAGAUAUGACAGUUGGUCUGCAGAACGCACUGCGGGGCUUCACAUUUAAACGCCAUUAAAAUGGUGCCCCUGCAAAGUGCCGGUAAUGCAUGACUGCAGUGCAGUGUUGAAGAGAAAUUGAUUAGUGACUAAAUUGGUUAAUAAAAGAUGUGUCGUUCAGGGGACCAUUGAGGUUCCAUUUUAUAACUGACUUGGGGGAGUGAGAAGCUAACUUCUAAGCUAACUGGAGCCUCACUCACCAGUUAGCAGUGAGCAGUUGUCAUUAAAAACAAACUAAAUGACCCAGUGUUUUAAAUUUCCUAGACUGUAAGCCCAACUGCUAUCAUGAGAUACGAUUGGUAUAUUGAAUGGUCCGUCGUAAAUGUAAUAUAACAUCAAGGUCUGACGUUUUUGGUUGGGUUUCUCUUAGUACUUAAAGGUGCAGUGUUUAGGAUUAAGUGGCAUUGAGUCGGUGAUGUUGCAACCAACUGAAACCUUCCAAUGACGUUGGAGAAGCUACACUGGCUAGGGUGUAAGCUGCCAGUAGGUACUUCCAAAAUAAUGUCAUCGUCGACGACAGCAUCAAGUAGCCAAGUAUCAAGUAACAAAGUUCCAUGAUAGAUUUGUAAAUCAUAUCGAGUUGUUUAGUCUGGAAAGCUUUACGUCAAAGCUCACAAUUAAGAUAGUGAUUAUAAUUGUUAAAUUAAAACGUAUCCCGCUAGACCUGUUUGACGGUUCUGGGCUACUAUAGAAACAUGGUGGGCCCCUUGGAAGGGGGCCCGCUCAAAAUGUAGAUAUAAAGGGGAUCAUUCUCAGAUAUUGAAAACACAACAAUAGUUCAUAUGUUUAUUGUAUGAUACACAAAGUCUGUUGCGCUGAAUGCCAUACCAUACCAAAUUCUAUACACUGCACCUUUAAGUAGAGCAAGACUUAAAAACUCCUUUAGGAGUUGCUUUUAUCCAAAACAAAUGAAGACCACCGCGGCCCCAGAGACACAGGUCGUAGUGAGCCGAUAGGAGGGAGGGAGACACGGGGGCAGGGGUUGAACCCACACCCUUCCGGCAACAUCUAAACCACCAGAAUAUUUAAUUUAGUGUACACUACAUGGUGAAUAAUUAACUCUUUAUUGGUCUUGUUCCCAAAAACGUCUGCGUUGUCUUGAGGGCAUAGGAUAGGACAAGACGGAGAGAUUGCAAAGUUCUGGUUUGAAUGUCUGAAAACGUGCAAAAUGAAUCCCGGUGGUUGGGGGCAUCUUCGCCAUACAGAUGUGACAUCGUCAAAUUCCACUCAAUAGGUGGUUAUUUGGGAUUAGUAAAAAAAUUAAAAAAAAGAGAAAAAAGAGAAUCAAUACAGGAAAUAAGCCUCUCUGCCAAAUUACAAAAUGGAGGAUUUGUUCGGUAAAAAAAUAACUGAAAAAAAAGCACCACUGUGUCUACAACCUUUUGAAGAAAGAGGAAUAACUGCUGGAGUUCAAAGGUCACCAAACUCCUGUCAGAGACUCUAUGAAUUGCGGUCAGUGGGUAAAGAUAUAUCUCUGCUGUACAGCGAGAGAGUCCUCUUUGCUAUGUAGGACUGGGUGGACAUAUUCUCUUAAGGCUGGACACAUGGAUUUGAGACUAAAUCCUUCUUUUGUGACCGUGGAAUGUUUUUGGUUGAUUUUGUUGCUUGCUUUCCGCCCUUCGGAUCAAUUUUUUGAAGGACACGGCAGAAGGACUUGAAUGGAUGAAAACCAAGCCUGAAAAAAUAACUGCUUUUUGGGGUCAAUACUUGUUUUUUUUCAUAUGCAGACAAGCCUGGCAGUAAGUUUUGAGUUGCUUCAGGCAGACUACCUUUUAUAAAAACUUGCUGUGACCUCUGUGCUAUUUUGUGUGUAUUGUAUCGGCGGCAAAAAAACUGACUUUAAAAUGCAAUUGAUUGAUUGAGGUUGGGGGAUCGUUGUAUUUUUACUGUGUGUGUGUGUGUGUGUGUGUGUGUGUGUGUGUGUGUGUGUGUGUGUGUGGGUGUAUGUAUUUCUAUAUGUAAGUAUGAAUGUAUGGAUGCUGAGGAGAUGGCUAAGUCAACGGGAUGCAGGGGUUGAGGGAAGGAUUGAGUUAAGGUUCUGACGAUACUCCUCCUGCAAAUGCUUCCUCAUCCUAAUCCAGAGAACUGACAGAGCAUUGAAUGUGUUAAAACUAUUAAAGUUUGGUCCAAAACCUG